AUGCAGUCGAAAUAUUCAAAAUGUGCAAAAUAAAAAUCAACGCAGCUGUUUUCUUAAUAGUUCUUAAAAUGUUUUUGGUGGCCACAUCUGAGACAUGUGAAUCCGAUCGAGAAAUGGAAAAAAAGUGCCGGAUUCAUAAUUAUAAAACCGUGAAACCGUUGCUUGAUUAUUUUAGACAGGUUCGAAAUGAGUUAGAAGGCAAAGAAAUUAAGGAAAAUAAGUUAAGUGAAUUAAAUUCUGAUCUUAUGGAAAAGUAUCAUGAAAUUGCAAGAAUUCAUGAAAAAGUUAUGAAGGAGGCAAAUCUAUUAGAUGAAUAUAAAAACAAAGUAAUUAAAAGGGAAAACGAUUUGCAAUUGAGUCAAAAUAAAGUUGAGAAAUUAGAAUCAGAAAUUAAUUCAAAACAAAAUAUUAUUGUGAAAUUAAAAGGAGAAUUAGCUUAUAAAUCCACCAACUUAGAACUUCGAUUCAAAAAUCUUAAUUCUAACUUCAUUGAAGAAGCUGAGAAAAUAAAAAGAUUUAGUGAGAAUAUUAAAAAUAUGACAAAACAUCAGAAAACACUUGAAGUGAAAUUAGAGAAGAGUAAAACCAAAUUAAUAAAGCAAGAUAAAGAUAUUCAGUUAUGUCAAGUUGAAAUUGAUAAAUUGAAUAGGACAUCAGAAAAUAUCAGAGAACAACAGAAAAAAAUUGAAUUGCAAUUGAAAGAUAGUCAAACUAAGAUAAUAGAUAAGGUGAAAGAAAAUCAGUUAUGUCGAGCUGAGGUUGAUACAUUAAACAAGACUUUAAUUAAUACUCUCAUCCCAUCAAGUUGCUCUCCUUUUGGAGAUUCAGAUGUUCAUACACUCAAUGUUUCUGGGAUAGGUUUCUUCGAUGUUUUAUGCGAUAGUCAGUUAGCUGGACCUGGAUGGAUUGUAAUACAACAACGAGUUGGGGGAAAUGAGGAUUUCAAUAGGGAUUGGGCAACAUAUCGCAAAGGUUUCGGUGCAAUGGAUAGCGACUUCUUCCUUGGACUAGAAAAAAUACAUCGUAUCACGAGUUUGCAGCGAUUCAAACUUUACAUACAUUUGGUUGCUCGGAAUGGAAGUACCUACAACGCUCGUUAUGAUGACUUUAAAAUAUCUGAUGAAGAUCAUGGAUACGCACUGAGUUUGGGUAAAUUCAGUGGAACUAUUAAUGAGGAUGCGAUGAGAUACCACGAAAACAUAAAAUUCACAACAUUCGAUCGCGACAACGACAAGGAUGAUGGUAAUUGCGCAGUUUAUUUCAAAAGUGGCUGGUGGUACAAGAAUUGCUAUAAUUGUAAUUUAAAUAAACCAAAUAAAAAGAUAAGCUGGUGGAUAAAAAAUAGGAUCGAACUUAUAGAAGCUAAGAUGCUAAUUCGCCCUAAAGAAGCGAUGAAGAAGUGAGCAACUGAAGAGCUGAAAUUCCAAUAUUUGGCUCAAUUAUGUAAUCAUUUAUAUAAAAUUGGUUUAUUAAGAAAUUGCGUUCUGAAUAAAAAACAAGAAAGUUACAGUCGAGUGUGCUCGACUGUGAGAUACCCGCUACCCAUUUUUA